CACUCCGAAUCCAAUGUCUACUUCACGGUCCGAGUAGCGCUUAGCUACUUGCCUACUUCGCUACUUAGCUUCCUAAUUUCUAGGAACAAAAAAUGCAAGCGUUUCGAAGAAUCGCAACCUCUAUCUCAGUAUCAAAACCGAAGCAAUUAAACACACCGUCGUUCACGGUUGCCGCCAAACCCUAUCUCAAACUUUCCGACGAGGUUCCCGCGACCAGGUUCUGGUCGUCGGGGCGCGAUUCCGGCAACGGCGAAGAUGAAUGGAACGAGGCGUGGGAGUCAGCGUGGCUUCCGGAGGAUCUCACGCCCAAGUCUCGGGCGCCAUGGGAGACCGACGUUAACUUUGGUUCCCCCUCCACGUCCUUGCCGGAGUCUUCCUCCACCGCCGUUUCCGACGGGGUCGCGGUGGCGGAGAUCGAAACUCAUGCUGACGCGGAGACGAAGGCGUUCGUGGAGGAGAUGAACGAGAAUUGGGAGGUUAGGAGAAAGAAGGGAUCGAAGGAGAAAGAGAAGGUGCAAAAUGGUGCCGUUUAUAGCGUGGAGAAUAUGAAGAAGGAUUACCGGUUGAGGAAGCAAAGGGUGCACGCUGGGCUGUGGGUUAAGGAGAUUGAGAAGCUCGAGGAGGCUAAGUUGGGGGAUCACAUUGGCAGCGGCGGCGGCGAUGACAUUCAGAGAUUGCUUGACAGCUGCUCGGACAUCUUCGACUCCGGCAACAAUGAUCUGAACAACACAGAAGUUCCAACUUCUGAGUUCAAAAACAUGCCUGAUGGGUGGGAAACAAUAUCUAAAUCUCAAGAUGGAAACAUAUGGGAGAUGUCCCAGAGAGAAGAGGAUAUACUUCUCCUGGAAUUUGAGCGUCGGAUUGCUUAUAGCAAGUUUCAGAUCGCUAGUUUUAUCAAGACUCAUAUAUUUAGUCGGAGGAGACCAAUUGAUGGGUGGAAAUAUAUGAUAGAGGUGGUGGGACCAAAUGCUAAGAAAGGGAAGGGUAGUGUCUCUAGGGUUCCCAGUCUAGCUGAUCCCUCUACUCAACCGUUCAAGGAGAAGACCCUUGUUGACAAGAGUUACAUUCCCCUUGAGAGAAGGUAGUAUCAUGUAUUCUCUUUCAUUCUGUAUAGGUAUUAUCAUUUAAAUAUUGGCAGAUAAGAGGACAGUUAUAGCAACUUACCUAUACAACAGAUAUGCUUCAUGAGUACAUGGUUAAAUGCUCAAAACCCUUCAUGAA